AGCAAGGUCAUCUAGCUAGCUAGCAAGCCAGCCAAAAAGCCGGGACUCGCAGCGAUAUAUAAUGGCGACGAGCACCAAGCUCGCGUUCCUGGCCGUCGCCGUCCUGCUUCUGCAGGCGGCGUGGUGCGGCUUGGCCCGGCACCACCACCACCACGGCGGCCACCACGACCCGGACCCGUGCGGGGACAGCUCGGCGCUGCUGCGGCACAGGGACCACCGCUGCACGUCCCCGGCCGACGGCGGCACCGCGGCGGUGAUGACAGUGAACGGCUUCGAGAAGGGGCAGGACGGGGGCGGCCCCGCGGCGUGCGACGGGCACUACCACAGCAACGGGGACCUGAUCACGGCGCUGUCCACGAGGUGGUACGCCGGCGGGAGGCGGUGCCACAAGCCGAUCCGCAUCACGAGCACGCACACCGGGCGCUCCGUGGUUGCCCGGGUCGUCGACGAGUGCGACUCCCGCCACGGCUGCAAGGACAACAUCGUCGACACGUCCAAGGCCGUCUGGGACGCGCUCGGCCUCGACACCAACGUCGGCGAGGUCCCCGUCACCUGGUCCGACGCCUAAUAAUCGAAUGCGUGCGUGCGUGCGUGCAUGGCCGUACGUCGUCUCGGCCGGGCAAGGACCAAGGAUGUGUGUGUGUGCCACGCGUGUCCGAGGGAUCGGAUGUGCUGUUGUGUCUGUGUCUGUGUCUGUGUGUGUCACGCACCCUGCUGUGCGGACGGCCGACUCAAGUCUGUGACUGUUCUACUGUUCCUGAUCGAUGGAGACGGAACAACGCUUUGUUGUCGUUGAUGUGCGUCGUUAGCCACUCUCGAGGCAGACUCCCUAGUAGAGUGGCAGAAUAAAACUGUUGUUGCAAGCGGUACUUGCAAACUUUUCGUUC